CAGAUUGGAUGGACGCCGUUGCACUGGGCUUGCAGUAAGGGCCUCAAGAACUCUGUCUCGGCCCUUCUCGAGAAUGGCGCAGACCCGAACAAGGUGAUUGUUCUUUCUAUCAUGGGCACACGGCCGUUGCACUAUGCCGUGCAGUACGGGCGCACGAAAGCGAUGCAGUGGAUGUGCAAGGAGGGAUGCGAUGUGGAUGCACCCAACGUGGCUGGAUGGUCUCCACUGCACUUCGCCGUUCGGCAUGGCAGGGUGCACGCUGCCCACAUGCUCUUGGAUUUAGGUGCAGUUGCGAACAUGCCAGACAAGUCAGGCCAUACGCCUGAGGUCGUGAGAGAAAUGCUUGCAGAAACGAUGAUGCUUGACGAGCGAUUUCUCCUGCAGGAUCUCGCGAGGAUAACCAAAGAUAAGAUUAAGAAGGGGAUCCUGCAUCUUGAGGAAUCGGUGAUUAUCUCCAAGACAAUUUCGCGAAUGGAUGACUCUAUGAUUGUUUUCUAG